AUGAGCGCUUCACCUUCGAAUGUGCCUUCAGGCAGGACGCCUAACGGCGGUGGUCCUCCGAUGAUACGACGACCUCGAAUUGCAGACCCUCUUGUACGUCCAAAAAAACGAGACCGAACGAUGCGACGACCGCCCUCGGGAGCCGUGGGCGGGAAUAGACCUCCAUCGCAGCCGCCUCAACAGCCCGGUACAAAUGCCGCAUCAGCAGGCACCCCUCAAUCGACACCAGGACCUCGCAGCUUGGCUAUGGGUACUGGAAUUGCGGAUAGUGGGUUUUCUGCCGUGCCGGAUGGUCCUUACACCGACUAUCCACUCGUCACAACGAAACGCGCGCUCUUGGAAGGUCUUCGAUACCAUGUCGCCAAGUUUUCCUCGAAGAAGUUUGUGGAUCCGCGAAACGAAGCGGAAUUUACAAGGCCAGUGAGGCUUCAUCGGCGUGAUCCGCGAGCCCCACCAGCAGGUCCUGGUGCGGCGAAGACGGAGGAUGUGUCAAUGACAGAUGUAGAUUCCAAAGAGGCUCUUAUGGAUGACAAAGAGAGGGAGAAGCAGGAAGCUCUUCGGGCGGAAAAGGAAGCUGAACGUGAAGCCAAUCUGGCCCAAAUCGCUCCGGCAGCGCAUACCAAUCAGCCAAAGAAACCCAACGCCUUCAAGAAGAAAACUCAACAAGUAUUUCGAAAUGACAAAUCCGAGGAGGGGCAAGCACAGUCAAAAUUGCGAUAUGAAGAGGCACUUCCAUGGCACCUCGAAGAUUUUGACAACAAGAACACAUGGGUCGGGAAUUACGAAUCGGCAUUGUCGGAGAGCUAUGCUAUCCUAGUCAUGGAACCUACGGCCGUCUUUCGGAUGAUUCCCAUUGAGAAGUGGUAUAAGUUCACUGCCAAGGCACAGUUCAAGACCUUGACCAUUGAAGAAGCAGAGGAUCGGAUGAGACAAAAGGUCAAGGAACCUCGAUGGUUCAUGGACUCGCAAAGACAGACUGCUGAGUCACAGAAAGCGGCACAAGACCGUCGCGCUUACAACAAACUCUACGUGGGGAAGUCGAACAACGAGGACACUGGCGUUGGCCCGAUCAAAGCUGAAGGAGGAGGAGACGCCGAUGAUCUGGACUUUACCGAGGAUCGAUUUGCAGACGAUGAAGAAAACCAGCUGUUUGAAGGUGAUGAGGAAGAAAAUAAAGAGGCGGAAGACCGUAUCAAGCGUGAUCAGCUUCAAGCCAACAUUUUCGACCUGAAAGAUCAAAAAGAGUAUGAGAAGGCUGAGGCAGCCGAGAAGAAGGAGAAGGAGUUGCUGAAGAAAUUCGGGAAGACUACGAGGAAGACGCUGACGAGACGGGAGAAGAAUUUUAUCUAUGCGGAUGAUGAUUCGGACCAUCCAUAUUCGGAAGAGAGCGAGUCAGAAGAUAGCGAGACUGAGCGGUUAAAGGACGAGGAGCGUAAAAAGGAGGAAGAAAAGAAAGCGGUAGAGAAGGGCAAGCGAGAAGAGUCGGGUACCUCUUCCAAGGGAACGACGACUCCUUCAGGCCGCGAUAAGCACUUUGAUGCGACCAAAAAGUCCUCGACUCUCAAGCGCUCAGGUUCCCCCAAUUUAUCUGAAGCUAGCGGCACGGAAUCAACUCGGAAGAAGCAUAAGAAGAAGCAUGGCCCGUCCUCUCAGCCGACUGCGUCGGCGCCAGGAUCGCGGCCCAUGUCGCCAGCUCCUUCAGAGCCAGGGCGACCUUUACAGCAACGCAAGUCAACUGGAAUCAAACUCAUCUUCAAAGCACCCAAACUUACAAAUGUCUCUUCAACAGCUCCCCGACAGCCCACUCGUGCCGGAUCAGGCAGCGAAGCCGAAGCCACCGCCGGCGAAACCAGCGACGCCGGGAAGAAGACCAAGAUCAAGUUGCGUCUUGGCGGUUCUCCCGUCGGCGGUACCCCGCAAGGCUCCCGAGCCGCAAGCCCCGAAGCCGGACAAGCUGGUGCCAUUGGCAGUCGAUCAGGAAGCCCGGAUGGCCCCAAACUCGCAGCUGCCACUGCCGACGAAAUCAUCGCCAGCAUUCCGAACGAGGGCACCACCAUUGCCGCUCUCCUUGCUCGAUUCAAAGGUCGCGUCGGCGACCGCCAACGAUUCAUCAGCCUUGUCCGCGCCCACUCUCGGUUCGGUCCUGACAAGCUGCUUCGCCCAAGAGGUACAGCCUGA